AACAAACAUGGCGGACGUAUGAUGAAAAGACGAUCGCUCAAUGAAUAGAAUGAAAUAGACGAAGCACAUGGCAGUAGGAUGAAGAUCUGAAAACAAGCAAUGGCCGACUUCAACCAGCUACCCAUUAAAAUAGAGACAGAACAUGAGCAGUUUGUGGUUCAGCUUGAUAACUCCGAGUAUGGCGAUGAUGAGCUGCUAAGUCCCAAUGAGAGUGGGGACUUCUCUGAGUACCAUGAAUACCAGGAUGGUGGUGGGAAGCUGAGGCUGAAGCGGAGGCGCAAAUGUGGACAGUGUGGACCGUGCCAGGUGAAGGAGAACUGUGACAAGUGUCACUUCUGCCUGAGGAGGGAUGUUUUAAAACAGUCCUGCAUUUAUCGAAAGUGUUUAUAUUUGAGGAAGAAAAUGCCGAGGAUCCGUUCUGACAGUUUGAGUAGUAAUAACGGCCUUCCCAGACCAGCAAUUCAAGUCCCACCUUCGGGGCAUCCCACGUCUCCUCCUGUCAUGUGUGUGUCGCCAAAUCAGGGACCAAUUCAGUCCCCAAAUGAAAUAAACUCAUGUCGUCUGCCUCAAGCCAGUCCUCCUUUUGUUCCAAGCUCUCAUGGGCCAAGUCCUCCGGGACCAAGCCCGCCAGGACCAAAUUCUCAGUCCUCAAUACCUGACUCAUCACGGCAGCAACACUUAGACCCUCUUCGAGGAUUCCAGGCAGAUGUUAGACAUAUGACACCCGACAACGUCAGGCCAUUUUCACAGGAAUCAAUGCGGUCACAUUCUGUAGAACGACCAAGGUCACUCCAGGGUGAUGUCAGGCCCAUGUCAACAGAAGCUGUGCGUUCUCCUCCAGCUAGUCAGGUGUCACCAGCACAGUCGGAACUGUUGAGACAGAUGCCAUCAGGGCAUUAUCAAGCGCGCAUUAACCACUUACAACAUUUGCAGAACAGUCAGAUACCACAGUUGCCUAAGGAUCAAAUUGGACCUCGGACACUUGAUCAACUUGGACCUCGAGCAUUAGAACAGUUGAGACAUUUUGGGCCUGAGCACUACGGGCCUGUGCAGUAUGGCCAUCCCCGACAUGUGAUACCUCCACACGGAUUACCGACUCCCUAUGGCUUUCCACCAGGCAAUAUUCAGUCUGUGUCAUCCACGCAGAUGGGUUUACCACAGGCAUGUCGCUACAGCGUGCCCACACAGCCAGCGUUCCAUCCACAUCUUGCAUACAACUCCAACUUAAGACCUCAUUCCUUUAAUUCUUCAACUCCUUCAGGGACACUCAUGACUCCACCUUUCUACCCCCCUCCCCCACCUCCUGUUGCUACCAGUUUAGCCAGUAUCCCUCUGGGUCAGUAUCAUCCACCCCCUCAAAGUACCUUUUCUGCGGGUGGAUUUGGCUCUCCCCACACUGCCAUAUAUCCAGGAGGCCUUUACCCUCCAUUCAGACCACCUAACGAACCAUUCAUCUACCACGCUCGUUUGCCACCACCAUCAUCAGUGUUUUCAGAGCAUGCAAGUCAAAUGUCGCAAUUUAGGGACCAGUAUUUAAGAAAAACAGAAGAUGAGGAAGAAGAUUGUAAGAAGUUUGAUAUUUUCAGACUAACAAAGAAGAAUGAUGCAGAACUGAUGCGUGAAAAGUAUGCAGAAGAAAGUGGUCGUAGUUCUGUUGAGUCUGUCGUUGUGUCAGACAAGGAACAGCUGAAUUCUAAAGUACCUCUACCAAAGUCUCGUGUUGAUGAUGACCUUUUGGAGCAAAUCAACAACAUCUCUCGAGAGGACCAAUGCAAUGUGACAAUUACCAUUGAUGAUUUAAAAAUGCAGGCAUUUAUCAGAUCCGAUGGUGUAAAUAAUUUAGAAAUUGAGAUCGAAUCUCCAAACAUGUCCCCAGAUAGUUUACCACGAUCACCAAACAAAGAACAUAGUUCAAACUCUUCCUCAUCUUCAGAUGCUCAAAUUUCAUCCAAAUCUAGUCUCGAGAAGAACAUAGAUGAGAACUCAGAUGGUAGUUGUAAGCAGACAUCAAAGCAGACGCCAUGCAGAAAGCAGACGGUUACUGGCACCGUGUGUUUGAAGCAGGACUUGGGUGACGAAGGCAUCAUGCAGCUGGAACUGCCAGGGCACAAGGUUCAGAUCGAGGAGACUCUGCUGGAGGAACAGUUGGUCAAACAGUCGGAGAAUCCCGAGGAACUCCUUCAGUUCAUAUCAAACCCAUCACCACCAUCAUCAUCAUCACUGUUUCCAGAAACCAUCACCAUUAACUGAUUUCAUCGACAACAUUGGACUGAUCAUGACAUAUCUGUGUUUGUCACAAGGCCAGGUGAUUGUUGUGUGUAGUUUUAUUAUUUUCAUCAUACACUUUAACUGAGCACAGACUUGUGAAGGCACAUGUUCUUAUACAGACUUCUGCCUUGUUUGUGUAGACAUGUUUUCAGAAUAUGAAUAUCCUUUUAGCCUCUUUUGAUAUUAUGUUGUGAUGGUAUUUUUUCACCAGUGCUAAGUUAACGUUUCAUGAAACCUUUCAUGAAAUGUGUUCACAUCAUGAUUCAUGGAUAAUCUAGGGAAACUCUCCUGACACAUUUUCCAGAAAAACAGUCUUUUGUCUCUACACACUAGAUCACCCUGUAAGUCGCAUAGAGCAUAACCUGGACAAAGAAACCUGACAAGACUAUACGUCCUGAGAUAAACAUGAUAUAAGCCCUUAAAGCCAUAUUUAGAAAAUGAUGACCUGUCAAAAGCUGUUUUGUUAUGUUAUUUUGUGUUUGUAAGAUUUAAUUGAGGUAACUAUUAUCAAAUAUCUUAUAUGUACUAUACAUAUAUGUCUGUCUGCAUUAAGUUUUAGGAUUGACAAUCUUGGAGAAGUACUUCAUUUUCAUGACAUUUAACCUACAAAUCCUAUAAAAAGAAAGUUGUAUAUGUGAGAAGUAUACAAGUCAUAAUUGUUGUGUAUAGAACAGCCUGUGAAUGUGCAUUGGUCUUUUUCCUUUUUUACAGAGAUUGUUUAUUUUCAUCUUUGUGUGCCAAUUACUAUACUAUAUGGUUGUACAUAGGUGGGAGAGUGAUCUGGCUCCUUGUCUACCGUUCCAUGUUGUGAAACAUCAGAUGAGGACUUGUAUAUCUAUUUUUUUACAGCAGUUGAACAGGUCUGUUUGUUUCACCAAAUCUCAAUCACCGUGCUCUGGUUUGGGGCUUGAUAUAUGAGUAGUCUACAUAUUUAAUGCAUAUGAUUUUAGCUCACCUCACCUGAACAUUAGAACUAUAAGAUUUCUUUUCCUUUAACAUUAGAAAUGUGUCCCUAAUGUCUCUAAACAGUGUUUUGUUACAUGUUUACAGUUACUGUUGUUACAUUUUAUUGAACUCUUGAAACAUUUCUCCUUCUAAUCAUUCAGUAAGUUUAACAAUCCUUAAUUAAGACAAAAGGAGCCUAGUGGUUAAAACCUUCGAUCGUAACGCCGAAGACCCGGGUUCGAUUCCCAACAUGGGUACAAUGUGUGAAGCCCAUUUCUGGUGUCCCCCGCCAUGAUAUUGCUGGAAUAUUGCUAAA